GGGUUGUCUUACAAAAUUUAAACAUGAGUAGUGACAAAAUCACUUGUCCAAUAUGUUCUAAAGAAUUUUCACCCAAAAUAAUUGAAAGCCAUGCCAGUAAAUGUUUGUUUUUAAAUGAAUCAAUAAGCAAUCAAUCUUCAAGUUCCUGUAAGGAUGAAAGUUCUCCUAGAAAGUUGAUGAAAUUGAAUGACAUGCAUGUCAAAAAAAGUAAUUCAGGGACAAUAAAGAAAAAAAGGAAUUUAACAGAAUCAUCAUCAAUAAAUACAGAUACUCAAAGUUCAAGGAUUUCAUCUUAUGACAAUACAGAUAAAGAAGUUAAAAAGUCUUCUAAGAACGAUCAUGUUCCUCUUGCUGAACGCAUGCGACCAGCAACACUUUCAGGAUAUGUUGGACAAGUACAUAUUCUUGGUUCAUCCACUGUACUUUUUCAGUUAUUACAAAAAACUGAAAUACCAAAUAUAAUUUUGUGGGGUCCACCUGGUUGUGGAAAGACAUCUCUGGCAAAUGUUAUAGCAGGCAUAUGCAAAAAUAAAUCAAAUGGCAGAAUAAGAUAUGUCAAGUUGUCUGCAGCAAUGUCUGGAGUUAAUGAAAUAAAAGAAGUUGUCACCAUAGCCUCUAACGAAUUAAAAUUUAACAGACGCACAGUAGUAUUCAUGGAUGAAAUACAUAGAUUCAAUAAAACUCAACAAGACGUAUUUUUGCCUCACGUUGAAUCUGGGAUCAUUACAUUAAUUGGAGCUACAACAGAAAAUCCUUCAUUUAGUUUAAACUCUGCGCUUCUGAGCCGGUGUAGAGUGUUUGUUUUGGAAAAACUAACUGUGCCAAAUUUAAUAUCUAUACUAAAUCGUGCUGUGUCUUCAUUAGAUGGAAUAAUACACAAUUCAAUAAAAAACAUAGAAAACACUGAAGAAGUGCCAAAAUUCAUUAUAGAUGAACCUACUAUAGAAUGGUUAGCAGGUACAUGCGACGGUGAUGCUAGAAUAGCUCUAGGUGGUCUUGAAUUAGCAGUUCAGUGUAAAAUACCGACUGAAGAAGAAUUUUUAACAACUGGCCCUGUGACAAUAACAUUGGAUGAUAUUAAAGAAAGUCUCAAAAAAACACAUAUGUUGUACGAUAAGAAAGGUGAUCAACAUUAUGAUAUGAUUUCUGCGCUACAUAAAUCUGUUAGAGCAAGCGAUGAAAAUGCCUCUCUCUACUGGUUAACUAGAAUGAUAUUAGGUGGUGAAGACCCAGUUUACAUUGCACGGAGAUUAGUAAGAAUGGCAUGCGAGGAUAUUGGUUUGGAAGACCCAAAAGCUCUUGGAAUUGCUGUACAUACAAUGCAUAGUUGUAAAAUGAUCGGAAUGCCAGAAUGUGAUGUUGUUUUGGCACAAUGUACAACGUAUUUGGCAAGAGCACCAAAAUCCAGACUAAUGGAAGAUGCGCUUAGAGCUGCUCAAAGAAUAGUAGCCGAACAUAAAGGUCCUCAACCAGGGGUGCCAUUACAUUUAAGAAAUGCCCCAACGAAACUAAUGAAAGAUCUUGGAUAUGGUAAAGGUUACAAUAUGAGACAGCAAGACAAAUCCGGAUUAAAUUAUUUACCAGAGGGAUUAGAAAAUAUAAACUUUUUUGGCAAUGAUGAAAGCUAUAAGAUAUAA